AUGUUCCAUCGAGUCCGCCACGCCAAUUUGGUGGCCGUGCUGGGCUGCUGUCGGGACUCGCCCGACUUUCAAAUGAUUCUCAUGGAAUUCCACCCGUACGUCAAUCUGAAAUCGCAUUUGCUGUCGACUUCUUCUUCGUCUCAGCCGCCGUGGUCGGUCGCCCAAAUUCAAAGCGCCACAAUUCAGAUCGCUCGAGGAAUGAACGCACUAGCCGAAGCCCGCUUCGUUCACCGUGAUCUGGGCACGCGAAACAUCCUGGUCGCAUUCCAUGGCAAAGAUAAUACCAAGGUGUGUUUGAAGAUCGGCAGCUUCGGAAUGGACAAGGAGCCGUUCAACAACGAUUACUACGUCUACAAGCACCAGUCGAUCGCUCUGCGCUGGCUCCCGCACGAAGCAGCGUUGGAGGAUGAAUAUUCGACCAAGUCUGACGUGUGGAUGUUCGCUGUCACGAUCUGGGAGUUGCAUCACGCCGCCCAACGGCCUCUGUCCGACCGAUCGGACGAGGUUCUGCUGGCCGAUUUGAGGAAGAAAUGUGGCCAACACUGGGACGCUUCCUUCUGCAAAUCGAACGCCAUGUCCAGUUUACUUGUCAAGUGUUGGUCACACGACCCCAUUCUCAGGCCGUCUUUUGACGAACUGCUGGUUUGCGCUGAAUCUAAUAGCAAUAACGCAACGCCAUCAACCAGCAACGGCGAAUCUAAAACCCGCUGA